AUGGCCUCUGCCGCCUCGCUCGCUCAGCCAGGCGCACGGCAAGAUCCCCACAUCAACGACCAGCUCGCAAGAGACUUCCCCGACGCUGCCAACCUUCCGCGAGAAGACAUGCAGCUCCUCCUCGAGGACCCGGCCUACUUUGACGCCUACUUCAACACGAUGCCCCAGGCCACGGCCUACCACGACGCCGUCCAACUCAAGAUGCGCGACAACCUCGAACUCGCGCAGAAGAGCGAGGCGAUCAAGCCCGACCUGGAGCGUCUGCGCGAGGACACGGCACGGCUCUUCAACGAGGCCAACGACCUCAAGCAGCGGUGGGCUUACCUCGACGAGGCACAGCGAGCCGCCUACCGACGCUUCUCGCAACAGGCGCAGCAGGCCCGGUACCGCGCCGCGACGACGCAGCAAGAGCACCUGUCGGACUCGCUCGUCGCCGCUUUCCUCGCUGGCGACAACGACGGCGACGACGAGAGCUUCGUCAAGCAGUACCGCGAGGUGCGCAAGCUGUACCACAAGCGCCAGGUCGGCCUCGCCAAGUGGGACGAGGGCAACGUCGUCUGGAUGUGA